AUGUUCGUGGUUUCUAGCAGCACUGCCCAAAACCUAAGAUGCCGUAGCCUCCCAGGCCUCCCCAUGUCUGAUUUGGCUGCCUUCCUCACCCCAGCUCUAGUGGACACAGACAAUACACAAAUUAACAAUAAGGUGAGCAGUCUGGGCAGGCUUUGGCCAGCUUCGCGCAGGUGCCACUGCACAGACUCUCCCUUCAGAGCAGCGCCGGAGGACGGGGUCAGGAGUCAGUGCACAAAUCCCUCCCGUCCUUGGGGCCGGGCAGCCACCGCGGCGGGGAGACCCCUCGCUAAGGAGGAGGUUGGUGUUGGCUCCACUCGCCGGGUCGCCCAGGGCGCUUCACUUCCGAAUCAACUCCCCACAGCCGCUGCUUUCAGGAGAAGCCAAGCCAAGUCACAUACGGCACGUGCACUGGAUCAAAACAAUACACGUUUCUAUAUGCGCCAGACGGAUCAAGCUGAAGAGGGGAAAUGGAUCAGAAUCGGAAAUAGAUAUAUCACUUUGAAAGAUUGCAGAAUUCUCUUGAAAGAACUGGACAACCUUGAGGUCUACAUUUCCCUGGCGAAAAAGUGCCUGAGGAAGCUCUUUAGGGAGGGCAGCUCCCAUCACCUUCCACGCCAAGUCCGCCCAGGGCCAGUGUACAAACGAGCACCUGCUAGGAACCACCAGCCACAUGGGGGGCGUGGGAAAGCUUCUCCCACCAGCUUCCAUGUGUCCCCACGGGCUCCCCCGGCUCCUCUGGCCUCCAUGCCGACAUCAGUCCCGAAGAUCUCCGUAGAGUCCCUUGGGUCUCCAUUAUCCCUGAGCUCCUCCAAGCCACCAGAGCCUGUGUGUCCCCUGAAGCACCCUUCACACCGGCCACCUGUGAGCACCCUAUCACCAAACCCGACCACCUCCGCAGAAUCCUUAGGGUAUCCGUCAUCCCUGAGCUCCUCCAAGUCACCAGAGCCUUUGCGUCCCCUGAAGCACCCUUCACACAAGCCACGUGGGCGUUCCCCUCCCCGACGACGGAAUCCUGGCUGGGUGUCCUGGACCGACUCCAGGCAGGCUGAUUCCGAAACGGACGCCAUCAUAUGCCCAAUGUGCAAGGCCCCUGAGCGCUCCUGUCUACACAGCUGGCUUCCUUCUAGGGAGACGCCACAUGCAGGCAGGUGGAGGCAGGGGUCCUGCUUUCCUCAGCCUGGAUGUGCCAAUGCUGCUGGACGCACAAGACACCAAAAUCCCAGACACUCCCAUGGACACCGCAUAUCCGACAUCCACGAACAACUGGGAAUCUCCUGAGGACAACUUGGAGAUGGAGUCUCAUUCUGUUGCUCAGGCUGGAGUGCAGUGGUACCAUCUGGGCUCACCACAACCUCCGCCUCCCAGAUUCAAGCCAUUCUCCUGCCUCAGCCUCCCGAGUAGCUGGGAUUACAGGCGCGUGCCACCGCACCCAGCU